AUGUCUGCCGACGCCACCGUCUUGGGCGGCGGCAACCGGAUUCAAACUUACGAGGACUUCCUGAAAGUUCACGGCAUACUUCUUGCAGCCUCUGGAAUUCCAAGUUCCCUCCAUCGAACACUCUUCGAGAAGCUUUCAAAUGAUACUUUCGACUCCGGAGAUUACUUCCAAAUUGAGCCCGCUGAGGAUGUCGAUGGCCGCCAGAGAAGGCUUGUGUUUACCUCGGACUCUAUGGAGAAGGACUCCAAUCUUUUCCUCGUCGACCAUGCUUGGACAUUUCGCCUCUCCGAUGCUUAUAAACAGUUGAAGGAGGUUCCAGGAUUGGCAGAAAGAAUGGCUUCAUUGAUGUGUGUGGACAUUGAUUUAAAUGAAGAAGAUGAGGAUUUGGAUGAAAAUGAAACUAAAUUGAGUGCUGAGGAGAUUGUAGAGAAAGAGUUAUGUGAAAUUAAAGAGGGCCGUAUUGAUACUCUGAGGUGGUUGGAGCUCGAUGAGCUUGGCAUUGAUGAUUCCACGCUGAUUUCUCUGGAUUUGCCGACUAAAUUUCCUAACUUGAUUGCACUGAGCCUGUAUGGCAACAAACUCAAGGAUGUAGAAAUAGUUUCCAAACAAAUUACCCAAUUGAAACAACUUAGAGCUCUCUGGCUGAAUCAUAAUCCAGUUCUGGAGAGCAGAGGCGAUCACCUGGCUGAUGUUUUUCUUCAAGGUUGCCCUCAGCUGGAAAUCUAUAACUCACAUUUCACUGCUAAUUACGGGAAAUGGGCACUUGGUUUUUGUGGAGGACAAUACAGGAAGGAAAAUCCUGGCCAUGAUCUCCAGAGUGACCUUCCAUUGCAGAGUGUUACCUCUCUAGACCUUUCAAAUAGACGUAUUCAUAGUCUUGAGAAAAAGGUAUUCUCACCUGCAGAAUUGCCAUGCCUUUCGUACUUGAAUCUUCGUGGGAACCCAUUGGAUGGGCAUUCAACUAAUGAACUACUGGAAAUGCUUAGAGGAUUCAGCAACUUACAAGCAUUAGAGGUUGAUAUUCCUGGCCCCCUUGGAGAUGGUGCUGCUGAAAUUGUUGAGUCCCUUCCUAGAGUUGCUCUGUUGAAUGGUGUUGAUGCAGCUAAGAUCCUAGAGUCUGGAAAGUCUGUGGUUGAUUCAAUGUUACAUCCACGACUUCCUGAGUGGACAGCAGAUGAACCUCUUUCUGAUCGUGUUAUUCGUGCAAUGUGGCUCUUCUUAAUGACGUAUAGGCUCGCAGAUGAGGAAAAGAUUGAUGAAACCUCCGUGUGGUAUGUGAUGGAUGAACUGGGUUCAGCUUUGCGGCACAGUGAUGAACCAAAUUUUCGUGUGUCUCCUUUCCUUUACAUGCCCGAGGGUAACUUAGCAUCAGCUGUAAGUUAUUCAAUUCUCUGGCCCACUCAGAAUGUUGAGAGAGGUUCUGAAUGCUGUCGCGAUUAUCUUUAUGGUAUUGGAGAGGAUAAACAACGAUCUGCCAGACUUACUGCAUGGUUCCAUACUCCUCAAAAUUAUUUUACCAGAGAGUACGAAAAACACAAGAUGAAAUUGCAAUCAAAGAAACAUCAACCUCCGCCACUAGGAUCAUGUGCCAGUGACAGAUUGUCCCGGAGUGAUGGAACUGCAUUACGGGUUUACUCAGAUAUACCUCAAGUGGAGGAAUUUUUGACACGUCCUGAGUUUGUAAUUACAUCUGAGCCCAAAGAUGCAGAUAUUAUCUGGACAAGCAUGCAGGUGGAUGAGGAGACGAAGAAGGUUGCUGGGCUAAGUGAUAAGCAGAUUAUUAAUCAAUUUCCCUUUGAAGCUUGUCUUGUCAUGAAGCAUCAUCUUGCAGAAACUGUUCAGGAGGCUUAUGGAUCCCCGGACUGGCUUCAGCCUACUUAUAAUCUCGAAACAGAGCUUACUCAGCUCAUUGGAGAUUAUUACAUGCGUGAAAGGGACAGAUUGAACAAUUUGUGGAUAUUGAAGCCAUGGAACAUGGCAAGAACAAUUGAUACUACUGUAACUAACAAUUUAUCUGCAAUUAUACGACUUAUGGAGACAGGUCCAAAAAUAUGCCAAAAGUAUAUUGAGCAUCCUUCAUUGUUUAAGGGGAAGAAAUUUGAUCUCCGCUACUUAGUUCUCGUUCGCAGUAUUAUACCACUGGAUAUCUACCUUGCUGAUACUUUCUGGGUAAGGUUGGCGAAUAACAGUUAUACUCUGGACCAAAAUAGUUUAUUUGAGUACGAAACUCAUUUUACAGUAAAUAACUACAGAGGAAGACUCAAUCACCUGGAUACAUCACAAUUUGUGAAGGAGUUUGAACUAGAGCAUCAUGUUAAUUGGAUGGACAUUCAUUCACGAGUGAAAAGGAUGCUUAGAUCUGUUUUUGAAGCAGCUGCUAUUGUUCACCCAGAAAUGCAUAGUCAGACUUCAAGAGCGAUGUAUGGUGUGGAUGUUAUGCUUGACUCUAAUUUCCAACCUAAAUUGUUAGAGGUAACUUAUUGUCCCGAUUGUACUAGAGCUUGCAAGUAUGAUACUGAACCCUUGAUUGGGAAUGGAGGGAUUAUCAAAGGCCAAGACUUCUACAACUAUGUAUUUGGUUGUCUAUUUCUAAACGAAUCUGCUCAUGUAUCACCAUUGUAG